AUGUUAAUCUUUAUCGUCUGGUUUUUUAUUAUAAUAAGUAUUAAUGGUGAAUGUGCAAAUAAAACAUGUGUAUAUGGUCAAUGUUUCAAUGCUAGAUGUAUCUGUGAUCCGGGAAUAUACGGUGAUAUAUGUGAUAAAGAUAUAGAAGAUUGUGAUAAUGAAUCAUGUAUGAAUAAUGGUACAUGUAUCGAAUUAGUUAAUGGAUUUGCUUGUCAUUGUUUACCUGAUUUUGAUGGGUCACGUUGUCAACAUCGUCGUACAAAACAUGAUAAUCAUUGUAAAAAAACAUGUUAUAAUAACGGUAAAUGUGUUCUUUUAAAUAAUAAAGAAAAAUGUUCAUGUUUAACAAAUUAUUAUGGUUCCGAAUGUGAAUAUACAACUCAUAACAAUACUUCAUCUGCAAUACGAAAAUGUUCACUCUUAAAAUAUCGAAAUAGUCAUAAUGAAGCAACAUGUUUAGCUAUUGGUUUAACGCCAUCAUUUAGUGUUGAUUGUACAUGUCAUUAUGAUCAUGAAAAUAAAAAUAUGGCAAUUUGUCAAAUCACACCAUCACCUUAUUUAAAUGAAAAAUGUACAUUCAAAAAAGCAAUUAGUUUAUCACCAUUAUCAACAUUAUAUAAUAAAAUAUCUAUACAUGUUUGUCCUAUCAAUUGGCAAAUACUUGAUCAAUAUGAAAAUACUCAAGAAAAAGUUAAUAGUGUACAUAUUACAGAAUGUCAAUUAGAGUCAACUUGA